UCCUUCGUAACAAGUUCAUUCGCCAUUUUGGAGUGGAAAUUCUUUCCAGGACGAGUUAAUCAAAACGAGGCUAUAUCCUUGUCCAGAUGAGUUGUUUUUACUUGCAGAUGAGAUUGUGAGUAAAAAUGAAUAAAAGAGUAUUGAUUACUGGUGCAUCAGGCCUGCUCGGUAGAGCGAUAUUUGACGAGUUCAAGUCCAAGAAAGAUUCUUGGGAAGUGCUUGGUCUAGCUUUUACCCGUACCGGGAAUGACUUGCGAAGGGUUGACUUGAGAAGUAAUCGUGAAGUAGAAUCUGUUAUUCAUGAAUUCAAACCAAACAUUGUUAUUCAUUCAGCAGCCGAAAGAAGACCAGAUUUUGUUGAAAGACACGAGGAAGAUACUGCUUCUUUGAAUGUUACAGCAUCGCAAGUCAUUGCUGAGUGCGCUACCAAGGAAGGUGCUUUCACAUUGUAUAUAAGCACUGACUAUGUUUUCGACGGUACAAGUCCACCUUAUAAACCCACUGACAAGCCCAAUCCGUUGAAUAAGUAUGGCCAAAGUAAACUUGAAGGUGAAAAUGCAACCCUGAAGUACCUACCCAACUGUGGCGUUUUACGAGUCCCCAUUUUGUAUGGUCCUAUUGAAUAUCUUCAGGAAAGUGCUGUAACAGGUCUUUUUGAACUGAUUAAGAAUAAAAAGGAAGCCAAUGUGUCAAACUAUGAAUGGCGGUAUCCUACAUCAGUAAAGGACAUUGCCACUGUGUGUAGACAAAUUGCUGAGAGACGUCUGGAGGAUGAUACUUUCAGUGGUAUCUGGCACUGGAGAAGUGAUGAUAAGCUAACAAAAUACCAGAUGGUAAAAAUAAUGGGUGAAAUUUUUGGACUAUCAACUCAACAUAUUACUGCUGAUAAUAAUCCAAGCCCAGGUGCAAAACGACCUUUUGAUUGUGAAUUUGAUUGCUCAGAUUUGGAAAGAAUUGGAAUUUGCCAGAGAACACCAUUUGUAGCUGGAAUAUCAGAAUGCUUAGCCAAAUUCACAUAAUAAUCAUAUACCUCAUUGUAAAAUGAAUGUAGCUGUGCUGAAAUAAAUAAAGUAAAUGAAGACAGGGGGGAUAAAAAGUUUUUGUUAGAUAAUUAUUUGCAGUUGUUUAAUUAAAACUUGUAAUAUAUUGAUGAUGUUUCCAUGUUUGGGGCAUUUUUGGAUGUUAAGGAAUCUUUUUUCAGACACGAGAUGCAUGUGUAUAGUCAGCAUGUACACUGAACCCAGUGGCAAGCCAGCGUCCAAGGGGAGUUUAGGGUUUGGGGAAGAUAGAAAUUUGAGGCCAAACUCUUUUACUAUCAGAAAUCACCAUUUUACCGAUAUGAGCUCCCUGUACUACCAAUAGAGAAACACAUCCACCCAGACUCAUUUAAACCCUCUCCAAACUCACUUCACUUUUCUAAAUAAAUGACAAAAUUGAACCCAAGAGAUGGAUGAGGAUGUCCUCCUAGGCUGCCUUUAACUGAACUGAAUUAAUUUGGUAUGUACAUUGCUACAUAGACUUCUUUGGUAAAGAAAGUCAAAUUUUUUCCAAAAUCAAUUUCCCUUUCUUUCCAUAUUUUGUAUAAACUAUGAUAAAACAAUGUUUUAAGAUGUUUUCUUUCAAAAUAAUAGAAAUACUUUCUUCCUACUCCUACAAUUGUUGUUUAAAUGACCUAAUUCUACUGCUUCCCAAAAUAUCUUAUAUUCCCAGUGUUUGCUCCAAUUGUUUGUGAAGAGUAACAAUAACAGGUUGGUUUUCUGGACCAUGGGACAGGUUCCCUAGGCUAAACUGGAUACAAUUAUACGUAUAUAUAUUUUUCCCAUUCUACAUGUGAGUUCUUUUUCAUGGAUAAGAAUGCUGGCAGCUUUAGCCUACAGUUUGUCUUCCACCUUACAGUAUUUUCUGCAAAAACUUAUCAAAUUAGCCUGAAGUGCUUCUUUGAACUUCACUUUAUCUAGAAAAAGUACCAACAAAUUUCUACAUUUCUUUUCUCAAAUCAUCAAGCAGUGACUAGCAAUUUUUAUUCAACCUGUUAGUAUUUGUUUCUUGGUUCUCCUCCUCUUGGGAUCAAAGAUGUCUUGGCAGAAAGUUCAAGAAACCCAGUAAAUAACUUGGUAUAAAUAACUAGCCAGAAUUUUUUAACAACAAAGCUCUUUUGGAUAUAAAACUAGAGCCUUUUUUCCUGAUAACACCAUUGAAACAUCCCAGAGUUCAACAGGAUUCUCAACACAUGAAAUGUCAAUUGACCAUUGUCUGGAAUCAGUACAAUCAAGAGGUUAUUAAGUUGCUCCUAAUUCUUGAGGAAGAAAUUUGCUUCAGUUAUUCCCUAUAAAAUUACGUAACUGGAUAAGAGUGCCAAGAAAAAAUCGAGCCAGAUUCCCUGAUCAAGACAACUAUUAUUUUCCUUUUUGCAUUACCAAGAGCUUUGGCUCUGCUUAACACAUUUCCACAAAGAAGUUCAUUUAUCCAGAUCAUUUUUGUACUGUACUGAAUUCUAGAUCCAACUAUUUUUAUCCAAUUCUGGCUUUAGACUAGACUGGAACAGUUCAGCAUGUGCAAAUGAUUACAUAAGACAGUAACAGAAACCAGGUCAUACUAUUUCUCUCUUCAUUCUGCUGGGAGCCCCCUUGAGUUGAAAGUGAUAAAAUUUGUUCGAAAAGACUAGGUCCAAUGUAAAUACAGCCAAUAAAUACAAACUACAGCUGGAUAGUAUUUGCCCAGGACUAGUGUUAAUGGGGUCUAAGAUUAAAAAGUGCUCCUUUAGCCAGCUUUAAAACUUAUAUACAUCAUCUUUAGCCAGAAACAGAAAACGUUUUACAAAGAUUGCAUUACAGUUCAAGAAAAUGUCAGAAAGAAUACAAAAAAACACAAAAUACUUUUCAUUUCAUUAUAAUGGUCUUUUCAAUUCAGUGUGUCUUUUUACCUGGAAAUGAAUGAAAAACCCAUUUAACCAACAUUAACUGGUUUUUUAAGAGGCAAAAUAAUCGAGAAGGUCACAAUGUUACUAGUCAAGAUGUGGUGGAGAAUAUCAGGAUAGGUCCUACUUUUUCAAAAAUCAAUGGUCCAAGAAAAUACAUUGGCUUCCAAAAGAAAAAUUGACAAAAAUAAUGAAUGCAACUCUUUAAGUUUAUGGCCUAAGUUAAGUGUGGAUUUUAAACUGUUCCUAUUAUAUAAACUAGGGAUGUACCGGAUAAUACAUAUACUAAAAAAAAUUCAACCACAACCAAAUAAAUCUGCAUGAUCCAAGCAUGCAAUCUCUAUCACUGCAGCUCAUGUACACAUCCAUUAUGUACAAUCAAUUACUUGUUUUUUUAUCAGCGGCCUUUUGGCCAAAUGCAUUCACUUCAAAAUAAUAGAAGAAUUAUUCACUGAUCUUCACCCUUAUGGCCAGCAUGCAGCACAAUAAUCUUUUAUAAAACAUAUUGCAUUAACUUGAAAAGCCUUUACGAAGUUUGCAUUUUUAUUAUCAAGUUCUGAAUAAGUACCCUAUAGCUUAGUCAAAUCAUGAUGGUGUCAAACCCUUGAUGGGAAAUCUAAUGCAUUUCUUUACCACUUCUUACAGUUAGCUAAAUCAACCACAAUACUUACAUUACUGGGUUCACUUGCUGUUGUUCAGCCUCUGGCUUUCCACCCUUUUGCUCAGAUGUUGGUUGUGUAGGUAAGAAGUCAUCUUUGGGCUCUACAAUGCUAACAUGGUCUGGCAGAGAUUUCUUUGGUCCUGUCUUUCCUUGAGGAUC